UCGGUGCUAUACGGCGCGUCGCUGUAGGCAGUGUGCCCGCUUCCAAGAUGGCAGCGAGGGUGUCUGGCGCGCUCGGCCGGGCGGGGUGGAGGCUUCUGCAGCUGCGGUGCCUCCCCGUGUCCCGCUGCCGACCAGCCCUGGUGCCACGUGCCUUCCACGCUUCAGCUACACAGCUGAGGUCUUCAGAUCAGCAGGAGCAGCAACCUCCCCCCUCUUUUUCUCAGCAACAUUCUGAGACACAGGGCACAGAAGAACCCAGUCAGGAGUCUUCUCGUUCACCCCCCAGGUACACAGACCAGGGUGGUGAGGAGGAGGAGGACUACGAGAGUGAGGAGCAGCUGCAGCAGCGCAUCCUGACGGCGGCCCUGGAGUGUGUGCCCGCCCACGGGUGGACAGCAGAGGCAAUUGCAGAAGGAGCCAAGUCUCUGGGUCUCUCCAGUGCGGCUGCCAACAUGUUUGGGAAUGAUGGCAGUGAACUGAUACUGCAUUUUGUGACCCAGUGCAACUCUCGGCUCGCCCGUGUGCUGGAAGAGGAGCAGAAGCUGGUACAGCUGGGCCAGGCAGAGAAGAGGAGAACAGACGAGUUCCUGAGGGAUGCUGUGGAAACCAGACUGAGAAUGCUGAUCCCGUACAUUGAGCACUGGCCUCGGGCGCUCAGCAUCCUUCUGCUCCCUCACAACAUCCCGGCCAGCCUGGGCCUGCUCACCAGCAUGGUGGAUGACAUGUGGCAUUACGCUGGGGACCAGUCCACUGACUUUAACUGGUACACCCGCCGAGCAGUGUUGGCUGGCAUCUACAACACGACAGAGCUGGUGAUGAUGCAGGACUCCUCCCCAGACUUUGAGGACACUUGGCACUUCCUGGAAAACCGAAUUAACGACGCAAUGAACGUGGGCCACACUGCCAAGCAGGUAAAGUCCACCGGAGAGGCACUGGUGCAAGGACUCAUGGGCGCAGCGGUGACACUCAAGAAUUUGACAGGUCUAAACCAGCGCCGGUGAGCAAGAAAGGGUGUAAGCUAGAGUGCCCAGAAGAAUACCCGAGGAUAUAUUUAAAGGGCUUUGAAACGUAUGAGGUGCCGUCCAUGAAACAGGGUGUUAACGAGAGAACACCGAAGGCCUCUACACACUACCACAGCCACCUGGAAACCACAGGGCACUGGAGGAUAGAUACAGUUGUAGCCCAGGGUUGGGCCACUUUUUCAGUUCCUAACACCGGGCCCGGCCUCCUGAUGCCUUUCUGCAUUGCAGCACACUCAAUCAAGCAUUCAAGCCACAGAAACCCAGCACGCCCCUGUCCUUGUCUCUCAGGCACCUUGAUCAUGUCUUAACCUGCCUAGAAAUGCUCUCUCGGGCUCCCAGGUCAGAGUCAGGGUCUGAAACCACCCCAGGUGGCAGCUCAUCCACAGCACAGCACAGGCCUGUGCACCCAGAGGGAACCAUGCGGCCCUUUCCUUCUCUGGUGUCCUGAGAUGCUGCACUGGAAACCCCCUCUCAAGCUGCCUCACCUGAGACAGGUGCGUGCUGGAUGGUACUGCCCAGCCUGGCCAGAGGUGUGAUUCCAGGCCCUGUGUCGAGUUACACCAGCAUGCGUUGCAGGACUAUUCAUGAACUUAGAGUCUGUAAAAAUUAUAAUAAAUAUGUUUGAAGCAA